CUCUCCACCCUCACUCUAUACUCGUCAUGACUUAUAAGGUGUUGGCACUGGCGGCCCUGGCAGUGGUGGCCAUGGCCCGGCCAGAGGGCCCUCUCACACCAGGCUAUGGCCCACCUGGACCACUCCACCACCAGCCUCUCAUUGUGGGUCCUCCUCGGUACGACUUCAACUAUGCCGUCAAGGACGACUAUGCCGGCAACGACUUCGGUCACCAGGAGUCCCGUGACGGCUACGACACCCAGGGCAAGUAUUACGUCCAGCUUCCCGACGGUCGCCUCCAGACGGUGACUUACGUCGUCAACGGCGACUCCGGUUACAUAGCCCAGGUUGACUACCAGGGCGAGGCCCAGUACCCGGCCUACCAGCCCGCCCCAGCCUACAAGCCCGCCCCAGCCUACAAGCCCGCACCAGCCCCGUCCUACCAGCCCGCUCCCACCUAUGGCUAACGAAUUAAAGUUAUACAACGAACUCUAAUUUCUAUUUUUUUAACUGAUGU